AACACAUAUGAAUCCAUAGAACAUACUUCCUAACAGAUCUAUUAUAGGGUCUUGCUGCCCCAACUCAACAAUUUCCCACACUCCUGUAUAGUUUGCAUGCUUGACUUUGCCAAGCUAACACUCAAUAUCUAGAAAAAUUUUAGUACAAUAAUAUAAUUUUAUUGUACUUAUUCUGGAAUAAUUUUUAGACAUUACCUAAAGCAAUAUUCUCUUGUCUUUCUGAGUUUAGAAAACGAGGCACAGAUUGUUAAGCUUUACAAAGCCACAUGGUGGUUAGAAAUAGUUUUAAAAGUUCUGACUUGCACUAAAAUGUGUAAGUUCUUUUUUUUUUUUUUUUUUUUGGUUUUUGGCCGGGGCUAGGUUUAGAACCUGCCACCUCUGGCAUAUGGGACCGGCACCACCCAAUGUGUGAGUUCUUAAGAUCAUGAUGUACCAAAUGUGCUAUAAAAUGUUGAAUCAAGUUCAGAUUCUAUAAAAAGAAAGAUCAUUAAAUUGACAACAAGAGAGGACUUUUAGAGCUCAUUCUGUCUCUAGUCAGUUACGUGGCUUUGGACCAAUCACUUCACCUCGCUAAGCUUCAAUCUGCCUUUUCUGUAAAAUGAGAGUGGGAUCAAUCAGAGGCUCUCAGGAGGAUUCUUGUGCUAACAUUCCACAUAUAUGAUGUUUUACACUCUGCCCUCUGAGAAAGAAAGAUGCUGCCCCUUCCCCAUAUUCUUAGGUUAGGGAGAGGGAGGGGAGGGAGGGGGGAGGACGGGCGGAGGGAGGGUGAUUGGUAGGAUUGCACCUGCGGUGCGUCUUACAAGGAUACAUGUGAAACUCAGUAAAUGUAGAAUAUAAUUGUCUUAACACAAGAGCUAAGAAAAUGCCAGGAAGGCUUUGUCAACCAGUGUGAUGAAAAUGCAUCAAACUGUGCAUAAAACCAGUGUAUGGUGCCCCAUGAUUGCAUUAAUGUACACAGCUAUGAUUUAAUAAUAAUAAUAAAAAAAACAAAGAAAAGAAAGAAAGACGCUGUGUCCACAAUCUCUUCUCUUUUCACAAAGGCACAGAGAGGUUAAACAUAAUCUAAGUGAUUUGGUGUACUCUGGGUAAGAAAUGGAGAUAUAUGUCCCCCUGACUGGUCAUCAACCUGCAGAGUCUGAAGGAACCAUAGGGAUUUGCUUUCUUUACACUGCAGUUACUGGAGAAGUGAAAAUAAGAUAAACAAAAGAGAUCUGAAUAGGGCAACUCUGGAUAACUGCUUAGAGACCGCCCCUACAGAAAACAGGCGCUAUUUCCCCUCAGCCUGACCAGUUUGACAUUCAGAGUACAAGUUCACAGGAGAGAGGGGCUGGGCCUCUCCAGGCAGGAACUGGAGUCAGAGAUUUCCCCUGCUACUUGCUGGGAAGGAAAAUCUGGAAUGCCUUUCAGUGCCUUGUUUCCUGCACUAGCUCACAGCAGCUGGGCAGCUUGGGGCAAUCUGACCACGGCAUCGUUUGCCCUCACCCCUGCAGGAACCCGAUGCAGGCCAAGUUCAGCAGCACGAGGGACAUGCUGGAUGAUGAUGGGGACACCACCAUAAGCCUUCAUUCUCGAGCCUCUGCUGCAACCCGGCGGUCAGAGCCUGGGCACACAGAGCACGGGACUCCGUCUCCAGCCUGGCGUCCAGUAGGCCUGACUCUGCUGACUUUGUGCUUGGUGCUACUAAUAGGCCUGGCAGUCUUGGGGUUUGUGUUUUUUCAGUUCUAUCAGCUCUCCAAUACUCAGCAAGAUACUAUCUCUCAGAAGGAAGAAAGAUUGGGGAACCUCUCCCGACAACUGCAAUCACUCCAAGCCCAGAACAGGAAGCUUGCAGAAACUUUGCAGCGUGUGGCUGAAAAACUGUGUCGUGAGCUUUAUAACAAAACUGGAGGACACAGGUGCAGCCCUUGCCCAGACAAAUGGAAAUGGCAUGGAGAUAAAUGCUACCAGUUCUAUAAAGAGAGCAGAAGUUGGCAGGGCUGUGAACAUUUCUGCAUUGCUGAAAACUCCACCAUGUUGAAAAUAAGCACACAAGAAAUGCUGGAGUUUGCCAUGCCUCAGAGCUACUCUGAGUUUUUCUACUCUUAUUGGAUAGGGCUCUCCCGCAACAACAGUGACAAGGCCUGGCGGUGGAUGGAUGGAUCCCCCUACUCCCUUGAACUGUUUAAUAUUGUAAUAGAUGUCACCAUCCCAAGAAGCAGGGACUGUGUGACCAUCCUCAAUGGGAAGGCUUUCUCAAAGGACUGCAGAGAGUUGAGAAGGUGUGCGUGUGAGAGGAGGGCAGCACUUGUGAAGCCAGAGAGGGUCCUUUAGCUCCCCUGAGCCAUCACAUGGAGUUGAUCCACUCUCCAGCUGAACUUCCAACAGGAGUCAAGUCUUGCAAGGCCAAUGCAGGGGCUUCCUGAGACCUGGGGAAAUGGACAAUCACCAGGGAAGGCAGUGUCUCUACAAUAGAAGAAGGGCUCCCAUGUGUCCUGUUCAGGAUCACCAGCACUUCUGAGUUUGGGUUACCAGUCACAAGAAGUCAUAUUUAUAUACCACCAGCCCAUUCCAGAAAUCUAUUAUGCUGUAAGCUAUCUUUUUGACUUAGAGGUAACUUUCUAGUUUUCUUUCUUCUCAGUAUCUAAUGUCAACUCCCUGUUUCUUCAUCUUCCUUACACUUGGAGAAAUGAGGUACAUUUUGAAGUAGGGGAAAUAAAUAGAAGUAACAUCAUUUAUCCCAACAUUCAAAAAGUCUGUGAAAAAUUAGCAGUCAUUCCCCUGCUUGUGUCACCAAAUACACAGGGAGUUCUUUUGAUUUCAGCUCGCACUUUUCCCUUCCCAAUCUUUCACUAAAAACUCCAUCUGCUAUGUCCAUGGCCUGCUUCCCAACUUGGACAUCUCUUGUUAUAAGAAUGUUAUCAUGUUAUAAACAUGCCUCCCUGUGUCUGUUAAGACUCCAAUAAUUAAUGCCAAGUGCAGUGGCUCACGCCUAUCUUCCUAAGGGAGGCUAAGGCAGGAGGAUUGCUUGUGCUCAGAAGUUUGAGACCAGCUUGAGCAAGAGCAAGACCCCUACCUCUACCAAAAAUAGAAAAUAUAGCCUGGCUGGGCAUGGCAGUGCACCUGUAGUCCCAGCUCCUUAGGAGGCUGGAGGAUCAGUUGGGCGUAGGAGUUUGAACUUGCCGUGAGCUAUGAUGACAUCACUGCACUCUAUGCAGGGCAACAAAACAAGACUCUGUCUCAAAAAAAAAAAAAAAAAAUACAAUAAUUGUCUCCUUUGCAUAGACUUUCUCCCAGGAAAGAACUAUUUCAACUCAGUUCCAUAUCAGAAUUACUGUACCCAAUACUCCCUUCAGAGAGACUAAAGACCAAAAAAGUCAAUUUCUCAAUGUGCACCUGUGAUAGUUUGGUUUUAGUUCCUAUUCUCUUCCAUUUGAUGAAUAUUUAUACCUGUCAGGUACUGAAGAUUUAAUAAUAAUAAAUGUAAAUACUGUGAAGUGUGUGUGGUUUUAGAAUGAAUUUGUGAUUUGGGGAAAAAUUCAGCAUGGGAAUGCUUUUCAAAAUACAAUAGCAGUCAUUGUUUUGAUUGUGCCUUACUAAGUGCAUAU